AUGGUAAGGGCCCCAAGUUCAUUAAAAUUUGAUUUCGCGUCUAAUGAUUCUCCAUUUUCGGGUCUGGGUGGAGGAUAUGGGGUUCCUCUAACUCCAUCGCUGAAUAGGAAUACACACCUUUUACCCCAGGUUCCAAAAAUCUCCUCAUUUUCAGGAGAUGAGUCGCCUAAACGUGGUGAAACCACAUAUGAGGGAUGGCGAUACGAGGUCAGGUGUCUAGCAUCUGACAGCACCCUGUCCGAAGAGCUUGUUCUUCAGGCUGUAAGGAAAUACCUCAGGGGUAUCGCUCGUCAGACUCUUAUACCUUUAGGUCCUAGGGCAACUUUGGAUGAAGUUCUGAAAAAGUUGGACACCUUUGGUAAUGUAGCUUCUAAUGAAGUUGUAUUACAGCAGUUCUACUCUGCUACACAGAAAGAAGGUGAAUCUGUCACCGCAUUCGGGUGCAGACUAGAGGCACUGUUGCAGCUUGCCAUAAACAGUGGACAUGUAAGCCCUUCAGCCAGGGAUGAUAUGAUCCGGUCCAAAUUUUGGACUGGCUUGCGCUGCGACAGAUUGAAAGGCCAGACGCGUCACAAGUAUGACUCCAUUAAGUCAUACGACUUGCUGUUGAGGGAGGUUAGAGCGGUAGAUCUAGAGCUCAACCCAGCACAGAAGGCGGCCAAUAAGCCCACAAAGGCUAAAGCCCAACACAGUCCUCUACAAGUUUCGGAGUGA